AUGGCGGACGACUUCAGCUUGCAGGUGAAGAAGGUCGCCCUGGCGAUGGGCGCCUCCCUCACAGACCAGGACAUCGACCGCAUACCGCGGGAAAUGCGGCUUCAAGGCAACUUCAACUACACCAAGUUCUUUGAGUACAUGCGGCAGUUCAAGACCUCCGACCAGCAGGAGGACGUGAUCCGGAAAGCCUUCCAGGUGCUGGACAAGGACGGCAGCGGGUACAUCGAGUGGAAUGAGAUUAAGUACAUCCUGUCCACCGUGCCCAGCUCCGUACCCAUAGUGCCGCUGUCCGACGAGGAGGCGGAAGCGAUGAUACAGGCCGCGGACACCGACGGAGAUGGCAGGAUCGAUUUCAGAGAGUUCUCGGACCUGGUCAAAUUAGAGAAGAAGCCCAAGAAGUAGGAGCCCGGGGAGGGGCCCCGGGGCCGAGAGGGA